CAAUAAUCUAAAUAUGUUUCUGUCUGUAACUACGGCACGAACGCGCUCCGGGAUGUUUCUGAAUAAAGAACCAAGAAUUAAUGUCUGAAGGUGCCGCAGAGAUGUUCAGCGCGACGCAGACGUCCAAGUCUGAGUUCCUGGAUAAAGCUCGUCUGGCACGGGAGGAGAGGAAGGGGCAGAAGGAGCGAGAGCGAGCAGCUACACAGAUCCAGGCUCUGGUGCGCAGGUUCAUCUGUCGCUGUAGACUGCAGAGAGAAAUCAGGAAAGAGGUGGACGAGUUCUUGACUGCAGCUGAGACAGGAACCGCUAAGAGAAAUGCACUGUCCAUCUUUAAAAUCACCAGGAAGUUGUUAUUCAUUUUCAACAAAGAUGAUAAGCUGAGGUUUGAGAAACUCUGCAGAAUGAUCCUGAGCAGCAUGGACGCCGAGAACGAGCCGAAAGUGUGGUACGCGUCUCUGGCACUUUCUAAAGACCUGACCAUCGUCUGGCUUAAACAGAUCAAGGACGUCCUCUGGCUCUCCUGCGAGUUCCUCAAAAAACUCAAGCCAGACAUCCUGCAGGAUAAUAAAUUAGUGACUCUGUAUCUGUCGAUGCUCAUCACCUUCACCGACACGUCCACUUGGAAAAUAGUGCGAGGGAAAGGUGAAGCUCUGAAGCCUGCAUUAAACAGGAUCUGUGAGAACAUCAUGGGUCACCUCAACCAGAAAGGCUUUUACUCUGUUCUGCAGAUUUUGUUGACAAACGGUUUGGCGAGAUCCAGACCUUCUCUCUCUAAAGGCACCCUCACCGCCAUCUUUACACUGUCACUCAGACCCGUCUUAGCAGCACAUUUCUCUGAUAACCUGCUGAGAUCUUUCCUCCUCCACAUCAUGUCCGUCCCUGCCGUCAUCUCCCAUCUCAACACGCUCACCCCAGACUGUGUGGUCACUAUACAGACUCAUGAUCUCAUGAGGAAGUUUAUCUUGUUCCUGAGCCGAGAAGAGCAGUGUUUGGACAUCUGUGUGUGUCUGGAGGGAAGUCACACACUCUGCUUACUGGGUAACCUGAUCCAGCUGGGUUACCUGAACGUGAAGGUGCUGGAGCAGGAGGCGGGGCACUUUGUGAAAGAUCUGACCGACAUGUUGUCUUACUGCCAGAGAUACGUCUCUCAGAAAAAGUCCAACCUUACACACUGGCACCCGGUGCUGGGCUGGUUCUCUCAGACAGUUGACUACGGGCUGAAUGAGUCGAUGCCUCUGGUGACCAAGCAGCUGCAGUAUCUUUGGGGCGUUCCUGUGAUCUGCACUCUCUUCAGUGACGUCCUCAGCAAAAAACUGGAGGUGCAAGAGGCCGCCUCUCUUCCUCCUCAACCAAGCACAGCUCAGAACAACCUGCCCGUCAAAAAUCUGUUCAAACGAGCUUUCCAGAAGUCAGCAUCAGUCCGGAACAUUCUGAAGCCGGUCGGGGGGAAGAGAGUCGACUCGGCCGAGGUGCAGAAAGUGUGCAGUGUGUGUGUGCUGUAUAAGACUGCGCUCACCACGCUCACACAGAUCCGCCUGCAGAUCCUCACAGGUCUGACGUAUCUGGACGAGUUGCUGCCGAAGCUGUGGGCGUUUAUCUGUGAGCUCGGACCUCAGGGAGGACUCAAACUGUUUCUCGAGUGUCUCAAUAACGACACAGAGGAGUCCAAACAGCUGCUCGCCAUGCUCAUGCUCUUCUGUGACUGCUCACGACACCUUAUAACGAUCCUGGAUGAUAUUGAGGUUUAUGAGGAGCAGAUUUCCUUUAAGAUGGAGGAGCUGAUCACCAUCUCUUCCUUCUUAAACACGUUCGUGUAUAAAAUGGUCUGGGAUGGCAUUCUGGAGAAUGCGAAAGGUGAGAAGCUGGAUCUGUUCCACAGUGUACACGGCUGGUUGAUGGUGCUGUAUGAGCGAGACUGUCGCAGGAGGUUCACACCUGAUGAACACUGGCUACGCAAGGACCUGAAGCCUAGUCUGCUGUUCCAGGAGCUGGAUAAAGGCAAGAAGAGAGCUCAGCUGCUGCUACAGUACAUCCCUCACGUCAUUCCACACAAAAACAGAGUCCUGCUGUUCCGGAACAUUGUCACCAAGGAAAAGGAGAUGCUGGGAUUGGUAGAGACAAGCUCCGCCUCCCCACACGUGACUCACAUUACCAUUAGACGAUCUCGUAUGCUGGAGGAUGGAUAUGAUCAGUUGCGUAGGCUGCCUGUGAACGCUAUUAAAGGUGUGAUCCGUGUGAAGUUUGUAAAUGAUCUGGGGGUUGAUGAGGCUGGAAUCGAUCAAGACGGAGUGUUUAAGGAGUUUCUGGAGGAGAUCAUUAAGAAGGUCUUCAACCCUGCACUUAACUUGUUUAAGACGACCAGUGGGAACGAGCGUCUGUACCCCUCCCCCACCUCCUGCCUCCAUGAGAACCACCUGCAGCUGUUUGAGUUUGUGGGGAAGAUGCUGGGUAAGGCCCUGUACGAGGGCAUCGUGGUGGACGUUCCCUUCGCCUCGUUCUUCCUGAGUCAUGUGCUCGGGCAUCAUCACAGCUCCUUCUACAGCUCCAUCGACGAGCUGCCAUCACUCGACUCCGAGUUCUACAAGAACCUCACCUCCAUUAAGCGUUACGAUGGAGAUGUCAGUGAUUUGGGGUUGACGUUGUCGUAUGAUGAGGACGUGAUGGGGCAGUUAGUGUGUCACGAGUUGAUUCCAGGUGGAAAGACCAUUUCUGUGACUAAUGAAAACAAGAUCAGCUACAUCCACCUGAUGGCACAUUUCCGGAUGCACACACAGAUAAAGGAGCAGACUGGAGCGUUUAUCCGUGGUUUCCGCAGCAUCAUCAACCCCGAGUGGUUGCACAUGUUCUCCACCCCUGAGGUGCAGAGGCUCAUCUCCGGGGACAAUGCAGAGAUCGAUCUGGAUGACCUGAAAAAACACACCGUGUACUACGGCGGCUUCCACAGCAGUCACAGGGUGAUCAUCUGGCUGUGGGACAUCCUGUCCAAUGAUUUCACUCCUGACGAGAGGGCCAUGUUCCUCAAGUUUGUCACGAGCUGUUCCAGACCUCCUCUGUUGGGUUUCGCCUAUCUCAAACCUCCUUUCUCCAUCCGCUGUGUGGAAGUGUCUGAUGACCAGGACACUGGGGACACUCUGGGCAGCGUGCUCCGUGGGUUCUUCACCAUACGCAAGAAAGAGCCGGGCGGCCGCCUUCCCACCUCCUCCACCUGCUUCAACCUGCUGAAACUGCCCAACUACAGCAAAAAGAGCAUCCUUCGAGACAAACUACGCUACGCCAUCAGCAUGAACACGGGCUUCGAGCUCUCGUAACCCACACCUCAACAUAAAUCAGAAAUAAAAUGCAGCAUUGAUGGGAAAUAAAACCUCAGAAAGAAAUCAAGCGUCGAUGUGCAUGUUGAUGAGAGAGACCUGAACCGCAGCAGAACGUGGGCAUCACACACUGAACGAAAAUGUUUCGACCUCUAUACUACUCAGCAUCAGAAGCCAAAGGAUCUCCACAGGCCUUAUUCACCUCAUCCCUGAGCGAGAAACUCAAUCACACCCAUCGUAUUCCUGCUCACACUGCAGUUUUAAUGUCUCAGUCUCUUUUUAGUCUUUUCUUCUCAUGAGAAACUGGGACGGAGCCCCUCAGAGCAGUCGCAGUGCAGCACGGCCGAGGAGUUUCUCAGGUUUCCAGAUGGAGACGCGGACUCUCUUCUCGCUCACUGUCUGAGACGGAAAGCAAUACGGAUGCAACACAAAGCCAUGAAACACACCACAAGGAAGAGGGACAAGGUUUCCUGAGGAUUCCUGGAGACUUCAGCGUGGAGUUCUUCACAGUCUGGAUCACUGCUGCUGGUGUGAAAGAUAUAGGAAUGUUUUUUUUCUUUGUGUAAUAAACACUACAGGAGGAGAGCGAGGUGUAUUUAAGUGACUUCUUGCACAUCGUUAGAACAGGCUGCCUCAGUGAGAGUAUAGUCCAAUAUUCACUUUCUUUUUUUCGCUUAACAGAUUUUAUAGUUACUGAAUUAACAAACAGGAAACGACCCGAACUAUCGUCGAAUUUACAGAAUAUUCCAGCAGCAGCAUGAAGCUAAACUAGAUGAAGUCUGUAGAACACACACGUGGAGCUCGAGGUGUAUGUAGUGUCCUGUCACGGUUUAAACAGUAUGAUCACGUGACUGUAUUUUACCUUCUUAGUUUUCUCUUCAUUCAGGUUACGGUUUCUCUCGUUUCUUUUUGUUACGUUAUUUUAACAUUGUGCUCCACGCCGUCGUGUGUGUUUCCGACUGUAAACUAAACCACAGCCGAGCGCGGAUGCUGGAAGCUGGAAUCCCAUCUGAAGGCGCUUUUCCUCCGUGUGAAAACAGUAAUGAUGUUUGAGUGUUACACUGGAAACAAGCCAUAUGAAGGAGAUGAGCGAGUGUUAAACCAGCUCCUGGAUCACUACACACCCGACUGUAAAGGACUGAAGUUCUCCUGCAUGAUGUCACUGGAUACUUCAAAAUUGUGGUCCUGAUACACAAAUGAAAAACGAGGGCAUUCUCUUUUUUCUUUUCUUUUUUUAGAGUUUAAAAAGCAACUAAAUGAUGGAUUAGACAUGUAACCCAGGGGCUCAGUACACAGGUAUUAGUGCAUGAGCGUGUUUAAGAGCUGAUCACCUGUGUUUUAUAAACCGAUCAAAAGAUCAACAGCUCGUUUGCAGAAAUGUACGAUUUUGUAUGAAACGCUUGAAACCCUGUGUGUGUGUGUGUGUGUGUGUGUGUGUGUGUGUGUGUGUGUGUGUGUGUGUGUGUGUGUGUGUGUGUGUAAUACUAAAUUAGACUCUUGUACAUCAGAUAUUCCUGCAGAGCUUCUUCAUCUCUACUGUACAUUUUCCUGCAUAUUCUAUCCUUUUAUUCACUUUCAUUAGUGUCUGUUAUUUAGGCUGAGCUUCUGGAGCAGACCUUCUCACGUCUAACACACCACUCCAGUGUCCAGGUUUGGGAAUCACUGCUGCUCGUCUUAAUCACGCGCUCGUUCUGAUCCACUUCCUGCUUGUGCAAAUUUCAUAAUCCUGUCACAUGAUCGUGAACCUAACGAGUUGAACACAAGGGCUUUGAUCUGCAAAUUCAUCCAGAUGGACUGGUGUGUACCAGGGGUUCAUACUGUGUGUGUGUGUGUGUGUGUGUGUGUGUGUGUGUGUGUGUGUGUUCGUUCUCCAGGUUGUAGAACUGAACAUUAAUACAAAACUAACUUUAAAGGAUGAGUGUAAAAACUGAAGGUUACAGACUGAGACUCCAGUCUUUAUUGAUGUCAUAAAAUCACUUGAACUCUUCAUCCCUGUUUCUGUGUCUGAGGAUGAUUUGAUUCUGGAUCCACUACAGAAACACUACAGAAACACACGGUCGUUAUGGGAAAUAGAAAGUUUCAUCGUAAACGUCUGUAAAAUGUAAACUUCAGUCAUUUUCACACCCGAAUAUUCUACCAUUUUCACUAAACCUGUGUGUGUGUGUGCGCGCACACAGUUUUCCACCAGGUUCUUUUACACCGCAGCACUGUUGAAGUCUGGAUUGUGAUUUUCUCAUGUGUUUUUUUCACUCUGACACUAAUGCAGCUGCACACACGCAGGUUUAGAUGAAUGCACUUGAUGUAAUACAAUAUUGUUUUGAUAGUAACAGAUCUUUAGAGGUCUCGUAACAUUCAGUCAGAUUUCUGCCAGGGGACGACAGAAGAGUCUGCACUUUCUGGUUUCCUGAGAAAGAAUACGAGGCUGGACAGCUGCUAGAACAUAAGUGAGAACAGGAACUAACCUGUUUAUUCACAUUCCACACCAUUGCAUGUAACCAUCACUGGGUAGAAUCUGAUGUCAUUUAUUUACUAAUUAAAGAUGGACACUGCAACAACCAAAUACUUCAUGUGAUUUUAGAGGACAAGAAAGUGACAUCCUGGCCUUUAUUAAGUAAACUUUUCACCUGUAUCAAAAUAUGAUGAAAAUACAGGAAUAUGUGCAUCACUUUCAUCUUUGUAGAAGAUGUAGAAACUGUAGAAAAAUCUACACAUCGUAAACACGAUCUCAGUGUUGAUUUUGUUUUAGAGAUCAGAACUCAGCUUGGUCACAUCUACAGGAUGCAGCGUAUAUAUAAACUCAACGUUAAAGCGCCCUCUAGUGUUAGUGUUGAUCAAUUACACCGCAUCGUUUAAUUACGUUAUGUAAUGAUGUGAGCACGAGCGCUCUUUCCACCUGCACAUUCCUCUGUUCUGCCCAGUAACUGAUGACGAGUUCAAUCCUGGAUCCUGAUUGGUCAGAAAGGCUGAUUAUUAUAAUUAAUGAUCUUAAUGAACUUCCUCAGUGUCUCUCAGUGUUGGAGUCGUGAAAGAAGAACAUUUUUACUUGUUUUUUCAUUAUAUUUCUUUUUUUAGACAAGUCCUACAUGUGUUUUUAUAAAAGCUUUUUACCUUUUAUCACUUUUUAUAUGAUUUUUUUCACCAGGGAAUUUUGAUGGAAAUCCAUAGAGAGUUUCUAAACUAAAGCUUUUCUCUGUCUAUAAAUUUCAGAUUUUAACAGGAUAUAUACAGGAUACUUAUCUCGCUAUAUACACACACACACACACACACACACACACACACACACACAGAGGGAUGACAGCAAACAACUUCAGAUUUCCACUGAUGAGUCUCCCCCAGUGCCGGAGGCAAAUACACAGCCUGUGUACACUUCACACUGGUUUUUCCACCAGGUUCUUUUACACCGCAGCACUGUUGAAGUCUGGAUUGUGAUUUUCUCAUGUGUUUUUUUCACUCUGACACUAAUGCAGCUGCACACACGCAGGUUUAGAUGAAUGCACUUGAUGUAAUACAAUAUUGUUUUGAUAGUAACAGAUCUUUAGAGGUCUCGUAACAUUCAGUCAGAUUUCUGCCAGGGGACGACAGAAGAGUCUGCACUUUCUGGUUUCCUGAGAAAGAAUACGAGGCUGGACAGCUGCUAGAACAUAAGUGAGAACAGGAACUAACCUGUUUAUUCACAUUCCACAGCAUUGCAUAUUUACAAAUUAAAAUAUUACAAAUUCUGGCAUUUAUUAAGUAAACUUUUCACCUGUAUCAAAAUAUGAUGAAAAUACAGGAAUAUGUGCAUCACUUUCAUCUUUGUAUGUUUCCAGUUUCUCUUCUUGUUAGCAAUAAAACCACUCUUAUGUGCUUGA